CAUCAAUAUUAAUCACCAUGGUGGCUUCUGGCCUGGCCGUAGGCCUAAACAAGGGGCAUGUGGUCACUAAGCGGGAGCAGGCCCUGCGCCCCUCCCGGACCAAGGGGCGGCUCUCCAAGCGCGUCAAGUUUGUUCGCGAGGUGAUUCGCGAGGUGGCUGGCCUGGCUCCAUAUGAGAAGCGCAUUAUGGAGUUGCUGAAGGUCGGCAAGGAUAAGCGCGCUCUGAAAGUGGCCAAGCGGAAGCUGGGCACCCACAUCCGCGGCAAGCGAAAGCGGGAGGAGCUCGCUGGCCUGAUGCGCAAGAUGGCCAAGAAGUAAUUGUGGAUACUAUUAACGAUAUUGUGGUCUUGUAUGUAAUACUGGAAGUCUACAAUAUACCGUGUCUAGUUCUCGUUGUAUCUGGCUCAGUUCCGGCGCAUAUCCUGCCAUGCUGGAAUGUUGUGCUCGGAAGGGAGGCUGCAUGAAUACGGCCUGCUAUGUGGGAUAGAAGGGGGGAGGGGUAAUUAGUAGUGGUCGUUACAGUGGAGCCUGACCGGCUCGUGUGCAACGCCUAAACGAGCGCCUACCGCACAACACUGGGUAAUUACCCCGGGUCUUAAGAAAGUAUACAUUUGAAGACUGAGUGCGGAAAUGGUUUCCGAGCUUCGUUGGAAAGCUUGGAAAUGCCAGCAACAUACAGCGUUGUACGGCUCACAGUUUUGAGACCGUAUCCUGAGCUAUGUGCGGAGUACCGAACAGGUAGCGAAAUGCUCCUAGUGAGGUGGUGUGAGCAUCUAUCAUCAGAUUUCAUACUGUAUGGAAACUUGAAG